AUUUUGAUCGUCUUUUUGACUUUCUAGUUGUCGUUUUGAGUUUUUUUCUGUUUUAUGCCAAUGGCAUUUAUUUUGAUUUUUCACCAAAAAUAAUUGUACGGCCAAAUUUGUUGAAGUUUUGUGAAUGUGAUUCAAUGCGUUUUGCGUCAUUUCGCCAAUAUUGUCGUUGCGAUGUAAAGUGAUUAAAAUUGUUUUAUUGACGGGACACACAAACAACAUCCAUUUCGACUAUAUCGGACAUAACAUGAACGAGUGAUAUGUAGUGUAAAUGGCAAUGAGUACGAAUUAAAUUUUUGCCAAUUAUAAUUGUUGUUAUUGUUUGAUCGAUGCCAUUGAAUUCCAGUAAAAUGGUAAAAUGUCAUAAAAUUCAACGUGAAUUAAUUUGAAUAGCGCCAAUUAUGCGAGAAAAAGUCAUGUUGAAUGUGUAAAAGGAAAGGCAAGAAUUACGUUCGAUUACAGAAACGAAAUGAGAUUGACAACAAACUGAAUGGAAACUAAUAAUUUUGUUUGUGAGCAAAAAAACUUUUAAAAAUUACUCGUUUUUUUUAAAUUUUGUUUUGAAUAAAUGAUGGAUGAUGAAUGUCGUGGCGUUCGGCAGCGUAAAAAACAAGCAGAUCCAACUUGUUGUCCUGUUUGUGGUAUAACAGUGAGAUCACAUGAAAUGCAACAACAUUAUUCGAUGGAAAUGGACCGUUUAAAUAAAUUAAGUGUGCAAAAAUACCGGAAAUCACAAUCAAAAGAUAUUAACAUGCCUUCACCAACCGCCGGCAAUUCAUCAUCGACUGCAAGCGCAGCGAGCACAGCAAACACAUCAGCCGAUCCGAAGGAUUGUUGGAACACAUACCAACGCAUUAAAAACAAUCGAAGUGCUAGACUUAAGUUAAAAAAUCGUAAGCGACGAGCAGAUGACCCAACGUGUCCUGUUUGCAAUGAACGUAUAUCGGAUGACAUAAAUCUUCAUGUAGAACUCUGUUUACGGAGAAACGGUAGCUCGAGUGGUGUUAACGUUGAAGACGAUGACGAUGAUAUUAGUAUUGAUGUGGAAGGUGAAUCAUAUGAAGAAUACGAAUGGGCCGGUCAAACUCGGAUUCGAGCAUCAUCGAUGCUUGAAGGUGGUUAUACAGCAGCGGGUCUUCAAACCACUUCUAUGGGUCAAUCAAGUCAAAACGACGAAGACGAGGAUCUUAAUGUGGAUGGAGAUGAUUCACAAAUCUAUGGCGAACCGCAGUACAGCGAACGUGAUAUAAUUUUACCAAUGGUCGACAAUAACAAAAAGGAAAAUGUCUAUCUAAGAAAUUUGGUAAUCGGUGAAGCGACUGACAAAACAAAUUCAACUCAUUCGCGAAAUGGAAUCGGUAGUUCAGCAUUUGAGAAUGGUGACGAUGAUUUCGUGCAGCCAACAACAAGUAGUUCGUUUGUGAAUCAUUCCAUUGCUGAAACUGAAAUCAAAUGCGAAAGUACAUCGAGCAGCAGUCGAAUUACGAUCGAUUUAAAAGAUGGAUCGGUGAAAGAAGUCACCACAGUAGCUAUCACAAAUCAACCGUCGGUGGCACAAAGUGAAACGGCCGCCUCACAAAUUAUUGAUGCGUUAAAAGAAAAAAUCCGCGAAUAUGAAGCCAUCAUUAAAAAUAAAAGUAAAUGCUUGAUUUGUAUGGACGAGUUUAGAGUACCGGUUGUUUCCAUUUGUUGUUGGCACGUCCAUUGCGAAGAAUGUUGGCUUCGAACGCUCGGAGCUCGUAAACUCUGUCCACAAUGUAAUAUGAUCACAUCGCCAACCGAUUUACGAAAGAUUUAUAUGUAAACUAUAAUCAUAAAAAAAACACAAACUAACAGAAUAGAUAUAGAUUUAGAGCCUUUUUGUAUAUAGUAUUAUUUACUUUAAUUAUUACUAAUAAACUGAUGAAAAAAAAUCAAUAGUUUUGAAAAUGAAACUGAAA